UCUGAGAACUCUUUGACACCUCAGUUCCCAAUCUCCCCUCUUUUCUUCCACUAUCAAAACCCUAAUCUCCGAGAUCAGAGCUCCAAGGUCUGUAAUUCCUUUCAUUUUUCCCUUUCUUAUUUUGAAGUUUCCUUCAAACCCAUAUCAAUUUCGCCUCUAAUUUUGGUUUUCAACAAUAAAGUUCUCCAAUUUUCUGUCAAGAAUAAGGGGGGAAAAAACCCAAUUUAUUUAUAUAGAUAUAAAGAAAGAGGUUCGAGCUGGCGGGGAGAAGAUAUUCCGAAGAUAUGGAUGAUUCUGAUGAUGAAGGAAGGUACUCACAAAAACCCACUUCUGUUUACAGCUUUUCUUCUCGAUCGAGACGCCCAAUUAGGAACCCUAGCUCUUAUCCUAAAGACACCCAUUAUAGUAGAUACAAGAACGAAUAUGAAUACGAUGAUACUGAAGAGUCUGAUGAAGGAGAAGAUGAUCCGGAAUUCAACGGGGGGGCUGAGAAUGGGUAUGAUUUCAGGAACAAGAAGAAAAGAAAGAUGGAGUCUUUAGCGUCAAAUUACGAGUUUGCCCCUCGUGCCGUGGGAAAUUUACAAGGAACUACGCGAGGUGGAGGGAGCUCGAGGGGGGCGUGGAGUGAGGAGGAGAGUUUCGUGUUGUUGGAGGUGUGGGGGGAGAGAUAUUUGGAGUUGGGGAGGAGAAGUUUGAGGGGUGAGGAUUGGGUUGAUGUAGCUGAGAAGGUUUCAGAGCUGAUUGGGGUGGAGAAGAGCGAGAUCGACUGUAGGAAUCAGUUGGAUGUGUUGAAGAAGAAGUACAAGAAGGAGAGGGAGAAGAUGGAGAAAAUGGGAGGUGGGUUUUCGAGCAAGUGGCCUUUUUUCAAGAAAAUGGAUGUAUUGAUGAAUUUGAGGAUGAAAGGGCAUUGUGGGUUGGGUUGUGGGGUUGAUUCUGGCGAGUACGUGUUUAUGGACCCUCGAAUGUAUUUAGAUAGGUCUAACGUUAUGGAUGAGAUGAGGGAUAGUCCUGCAGGAUCGGAUGUAGAUAACGAGGACGAGCAAGAAGAGAUGGAAGGGGAUGCAGGAUGGGAGGAAGACGAGGAAUCUGCCAAGUUGUUAGCCGAGUCGAUUCAAAGGUUCGGGGAUAUAUAUGAGAAGAUUGAGAAUAGUAAGAGGAAACAAAUGAUGGAAUUGGAAAAGAUGAAGUGGGAAUUCCAGAGGGAAUUGGAGAUGCAAAAGAAGCAAAUUGUUGAGAGGGCACAGGCAGAAAUUGCUAAGAUAAGGGAUACAGAAGAUAGCGGUGGGGAUGAUGAUGAAGACGAUGAAGAGGAGGAGAACAAUAAUGUUUCAGCUGAGAAGCUCAAUGGGUGAUGCAGGGCAUAGUGGGAAGAAGAUGAUUAGAGAGCAGAAGUCAUGUGUUCUCGAGCAACUUUUCUUUUUUCUUUUUUUUCUUGUAUUGUAAGCAGCUGAUGGAUGAAUUGGCUUUAAUACUGCAUAAUUUGCACUUUUGUUUAUUGAUUAGAUUAUGACAAUGAAGUUGAAAGUUAGCUCAAAUAAGAAUUUCUACUUUUCAUUUUA